UACGGUUAAGGGUGGAAAGAAGAGAGACAUAAAAGAAAAGACGCAGUGAAGGAGAGUAAUAUAAAAGUAACGGGGAGAGGAAGAAAGAGAGCGUGAAGAAAAGAAAAGAGAUAGAGAGAGAGAGGGGAAAGAAAGAGGUUUUAUUCCGUCAGUUUAAUACGACAUACCUUUGUUUUUUUUUCUUUUUUUCACGUCUUUCCCACUCCUAUCAAAAUAUUUCUCUUUACGUAUCAACAAAAUUUGUUUAUCAGUGAAAAGAGGACAUUUUCCUUCGCUCUCCACCAAUUAACUUAGCAGACCGUCAGGAAGUUACGCGUUGACGGCAGGGAACCUGCAAAUCUCGGAAAUUUGAAAUAAUUUUAUUGAAGCAUGCCCGUUGGCGUUCCAAAUAUUGGCAUGAACUAUUUUAGUUACAAUGGAUAUGAUGGUUAUAUGCCAUCCGAGGAAUCUUUCGGAUACAGUGAUGGGAGGAGAGAUGCCUUUCUGAAAGCUGAUUCUUUUCAACAUAUUGAUGCUCCUUACUCAAGGCAAGGAUCCAGAAAUGAUUUUGCCUCAAAUCCAGCCAGGCCAGUUCCUUAUGCACCUUCUGGAGAUCGGAACUAUGAUGCCAGAAUGUCUCCUAUGGGUCAGUCAGUUUUUUUUGAAGUGGACCACUUGGCAACAUUCACAGUUACUCAUGAAGAAACACAUAAUCCUGAAGCUGGUGUUGCAAAGUUGUCUACAAUGGCAAACACAAGUGGAAUAUGGACAAUGAAAUGCAUACUAGCUAUAGAAAGAAAUCAUUUGAUAAUUAAAGAAAAAGGCACUGAAAGCAUGUUGGAUUGCUUUCCUUUGCCAAACAUCUACAACCCUUUUGCAAUAACUAAAUCAGAGAAAUGUGAUGUUUACAAUAACUUGGUGGUGUUGAGUGUUAUCGACAACACUAAAAGAGAUAAUCAACCUCAGAUGCACAUCUUUCUCGCUGGAUCAAUUCCGGCUCAAGAUAUUGUUGAUGAAAUUUUGAAUGCAAAAGCUGGCCGUCCUCCUACCAGUCGUUUCAAUAACCAACUCAUACCACCACCACCCUCUCAGCCUGCUCCAGAACCACCAAGUUUUAUGACUGCCAAAUCUAGCUUUAUUGCUGCCACACCAGACAGAACACUGGGUUCCUCUCUGAGUGGGGCGAAUAUAUUGAAAAAUGAGAAUUCAGAACGAGAUGGGCAAUUGUUGAAUCACUGCUUUGAUGACAUUGAGAAGUUCGUGGCUCGGCUACAAAAGGCUGCAGAGUCCUACAAGGAACUGGAAAGGUUGAAGAAAGAUAAAGGAGGGAAAGAAAAAAGGGGACGACAAGAAAUGGAAGACAAACUAACAAUGAGUGCUCUACCACCCAAACCACAAGAUUUUGUGGAUAUAUUUCAGAAAUUCAAACUGUCCUUCAACUUAUUGGUAAGGUUUUUCUUGGUGCUUUAUUUUCUAGUUUUCUUAAUUUCUUUCUUUUAUUUUCAUCAACCUUUUUCUUUCUUCUCAUUUUUAAAAAAUUCUUGCUACAAUUUUCCUUUCUGUCCAUCCUCUUGCUGUUGUUGACCAAAAAGAAUGUAG